AUGAAUACGGACCUUAUUUUGUUCGCCCUCAUGGGUGUGGCAUUGUGUGGUACAGGAAGGAGAAGCGAUAGAGGUGACGGUGGUGGAGAACGAAAAGGAGGACCCGAUAGAGAACGCGGUGGAGGAAUGGGGCCAUUGGGCCUCAUGGGCCUACCACCUCCACCGUAUCUUAAAUCCGUGAACGAGGAAGCUCGCCGAGAGUUCAUUGCUAUCAUAACGAAAACUGAUUUGACGCUCAGACAGCAGAAAGAAGCAGUCUCGCAGUGGGCCCGAAAAUUCGACAUUGAGGAGCAGGUGGAAGACUUCAAUGCGAACAUCACUCGGUUCAAGGGCGAAAUAAGGCAAAACCUCACAGACUUGAUAUUUGCAUUGCCGUCUGUUGCUCAGCAGUUUUCUGCUGUUCUAGACAAUGAGGACCAGACCGCAGCUGAGAAGGGAAAAAUUGCUCGCGGAUUUGAGGGCGGAAAAUCCUCAGCCAGAUAUUUUCAGGUGUUUAGCGUGUUGAAGUUCGCAAUGGGUCAGCUUCUACCAAGACAUGGACCGUCAAAAGAAGGUAGAAUGCAGAGUCGUGGAAGGAAAGGAAUGAGAGGAGGGCAGGACGAAAAGCGACCAGAACGAGGACGAUCGCGUGGUUCCAAGGGAACUACGAGAAACAACAUGAGCGAUCGGGAAUGGCUUCAAAAGCCAGGUUAG